AUGGAAUUAAAACUUGUUCUCUUAGUCUUAGCUUUCAUUAUUUCCUUUUCAAAAGCAAAUUACAAUAAUGUAAAGAGAAAUCCAAAAGUAUGUCCUAGUGCAAUGUUGUCGGCCACUUCAGGAAUGGAUAUUAAAGGACAAAUGCAAUUUUAUCAAGAUAGUAAAGGAGAUGUUUGGCUUACAGGCAUCUACCAGUAUGGUUUCCAAGAUCCAAAAGAUUGGGAUUAUUGUUGGACUAUUCAAAAUGCUUGUGGCGAUAUCGUAUUUAACCUUACCUCUGAUCUUGGAAUUGAAUUUGUUAAAGAUAGUGGAUGUAAUGGAUAUGAUGAUGAUAAUUCAAAAAGUAAUUCAAAUUAUUCAAAAAGGUAUAACACCUUUAGUAAAAGAAAUAAGAAAGAAACAUGUGAGAUUGGGCCUUAUGGUACUAAACCUUGGGUUAUAAAAUUAACUGAUCUUAGUUGGGAUUGUAAUAAUUGUGGUUUUAAAUAUCAAACUUGUUCAGGAAAAGAUAUUUACAAAGAUAUGGUUCCAGAUUAUAGUAAAGAAAAACAACCAGAUAGACUUAGAAGUCAAGGAAAAGAAUCUGGUUUGUACUUAGUAAUAGAUGGGCAAAGUAAAUGUGGAAAACGUGACGACAGUUCAUCUGCUGCGACAAUUAAUGUAAACGAUGCAGGUGGGGAG